AUGGGUGCGUACAAGGCUGACGAAGAAUCCGGGAAUACGAAUAAAGAGGAGCAACAUGCAGCUGGUAUUGGUCACUUUGGACUGAUGGUCAUACAGAGGACCAGCUUCCAUUACGCCAGUGCUGGGGAUUACUCACUCGGCGACUUGGCGUUUCCACUGGCCAUUCAGCCAAAUUCGAAGAUGAGUAGAGACCUCGAAUUGGCUAAUACGGAAUCCCGCGAGGAUCUAUCUACCUAA